AACAAUGAAUUCAGCCGUGUGUGGUUUUAUUCUCACCGUGAGCUUCUGGGUUGCGUUUGUGGACAGCAUGAUCAUCUGCCCGACUGAGUGUCACUGUGCCCUUCACGGAAUCAACCUCAAUGUUGAUUGCUCUGGUCUGGCGCUGACUGAGUUGCCUGACUUUGGAGAUCUCGAGAUCUCCUGGUUGGACUUGUCAGACAAUGAAUUUACGGAGAUUCCAGCUGGACUGCAAGAGUUUCCCGGACUGGAAUCACUGGAUAUGUCCGGGAACAAAAUAACACACCUUUCAGGAUCAUCACUGAGUGGACUGAACAAUCUCAAAACGCUGCUUCUGACAAGCAACAACAUUUCCAACUUGGUGGACAUCAAUCCCAAUACUCUUCUCCAACCAUCGCCACUGGUCAUGCUCAGUGUAGCCAAGAAUCCCAUCACAAGCUUCUCAAGCACAGACGACAAUGCAAUUUUGAUAAGUAAAACCCUAAAAACUCUGGACCUCAGCGAGUGCAAGAUCGUCCGAAUGGCGGGAAGUCAGAUGCUGAAGGGAUUGCCGAAGAUUGAGCACUUGAACAUGGCCGGGAAUCCGCUCAGGACGCUCUCAGUUGUGAGUUCAGAGAGCUUACAAACCCUCAACUUGGUUAACUGUCGACUAGGUUCCCUGCCAAUCGAUGUUUUUGCUCAUCUUCCGGCGCUGGUUCACGUGAGCCUGGCGCGGAACAAUCGCCUGUCCCUCUUGUCAAAGAGCGGCGAGUAUGUGUCAUCAGAGUCCGUGAAGAGGGUGGACUUGUCCUACUGCAAUAUGGGAGGAAUAGAAAUAGGAGGUUUUACGCAACUCACGACUGCAGUCUUGCGAGGCAACAUGAUAAGACAACUCACCAACGGAACCUUCGAGCACAACGUGCACCUAGAGAACCUGGACAUCUCCUUCAACGCCAUCAGCUACGUCAAUCCGUACACUUUUAAGCACUUGGGCAAUCUGAAGCAUCUGGACAUGUCCUUCAACAUGAUUCCGAGGAUCGAGAGGGACACUUUCAAGCACAACAACCUCUUGACGACCAUCAACGUGAGUCGAAACUACAUCGGGAGAUUCAAUAGGAUCCAAGCCAAGGCUCUCAACAGUCUCAACAUGAGUUGGUGUGAAAUUGUGUCAAUUGAUCCGGACGCUCUGCAAGGAACUCCGUAUCUCACUGAACUUGAUCUCUCCAACAAUCUUAUUGCAUCCAUUCCGGACAGUCUGAAUUCAGUCAGUCUGCAGACGCUUGAUUUGAGCAUGUGCAGGAUCACAUCAAUUAGGAAUACGACAUUCUCAGAUUUUCCUGACUUGAGUCGAAUCAAUUUGUCGGGAAACCGUUUCACGACACCUUUCAGAGUGGAUUUCUUCUCAGAUCUGCUCUAUCUUCAGGAGAUCGGAUUGGGAGACAAUCCCUGGCGCUGUGACUGUAGGAAUUAUGAAUUUCAAAAGUUUUUCAAUUUCCUGGUGGAACCGCCAUCGAAAGUAUGCGAUCUAGAAAUUUCCGGGUAUUUUGAAAUGACAGAGAAAAUUCCUUUCCAGAUUUGGGACAAAAAUCACCUGCGCUGCAACAGUCCUGACGAUCUCUAUGGGAUUCCUUGGGAUGUGGCUUGUUUUCACAUUUGGUUCCCCAAUGGAUCGGGCAUCGGGACCGCUGAGAAGAUCUGGACAAUCGUAAUGGUGACGAUUAUUCUCUUCGCAGCCAGCGUGUGCAUUGUGAUGAGUGUGAAGAGAUGCAUCGAGGGGAGAAAGUUGACGGCGAGAGAGAGAGAAAGGGAUGAAUUCCUGGAACAUCACAGGGAUAUUAUCCGACAGAACAGGAUGGCGAUGGAGCAAGAGGCUCAGUUGAAUGCUCCUGAUCCUAGAGAGACUCGGCCGCCAUGCUAUGAAGAUGCCAUCUUGAUGCCACGACUUGACGGGUCUUUUGCCUCUCUGAAUGAGCUCAACAUGCGGAGGGAGAAGCGCCGGAAGCUGGCUGGCAAGGAGGAAAACGGAGAUGAGGCUGACGGCGUGAUAACCAGAAGGAAUCGCUGUCGCAGCGAAGAAGUCUUGUCUAUGCGCGAGAGUCGAGUGGAAGAUGGCCAGUCGCGGAGAUCUCGCAGACAGAGGAGCACCAUGAAUCCGCCAGAGAGCAUUGAAGUGGCCAGGAACACAUUAAUGCCACCGCCAACUUCUCCUCCGCCACCAACACCGCCAAGAGUGUCCGUCAUCCGAGCGCAGGACAGUGAGUUGCACUAUCACUCCGCCGAAGUGGUUAAUCUGCACUUGACCACUGUGGAAAUUGCGCCCAGGACUCCUGACGACGAGCCGGGCAAUUCAGGCAUGGCUGAGAUAGAGAGGAUCACGAUGAGAACCCACAAGGAUGACGACACGAGUCCUUACGCGAAGAGGAAGCAGAAGUACAUGUCCACGUUCAAGGGCGACGAGGAGCCCGUGGCGAGCUCCUCCCAGUCUUCUGGCGACAAGAUUCACGUGGUCGAUGACUACUUCGCUCCGGCCGAGAAGGCGCGCAGCAGCGACGAGGAGAGCUUCUCGUCCUUCUCGCCCCUGGAAAUUGAGGAGACGCACCGGCAAGUGCAGCCCGAUGACAAGAGGGCAGAGGGUCAGAAGGCCAGGAGACCCACAGAGAGGCGUCGUGAUGAUGUCGCCCGCGUUGGAGCGACUCCGUGUGACCAGCAUUGGGGUUUUCGGCUUCGGCGUCUCCGUGAGCUUGAUCUUCACCCUGCCCGUCUCCGGCGAGUACACUGGACUGUACCUCGCCAGCGCCGGACUCUUGGGCACGUACUUGUUGACAUCUGGCUCUGGGCUGUCGUGCACCUCAGCCGGCUCUCCGUUGUGCAGAUGCGGCGCCGCGUGAUCCAAGCCGUUGGUCAGUGGCUGUUCGUUGUGAUCUCUGGCAGCGGUGUCGUUAUUAUUCAGUCCGGGAGAACCGUCGUUAUCGUAGAGACUCCUCCUGGGAUUCUUCUCCUCCUCCUCAGUCGGAGGAGCCGAAGGAGUUUGAGCGUUGGGCACAUUUUCCCUCUUCUGCACGGGUUCCUCCACCUUCUUCGGCGACGGUGGCCUCUGUCAGAUUUGUCUCUGUUGGGCAUCAGCGGAGCACUCUCGGGAUUGCCAUUCUUCUGCACGGGUUUCCCCAAGAGUUUCUUAUCCAUCUCCAGCAAUUCCUCACCACGAGGAUUCUCGGCAUCGGCUCGGUUGCGUCGGCUGCGCUUCUUCUUCCUCUGGACAAUGAUAAAGGCCACAAGUCCGACCAGAGCCACUCCCACAACCACCAAGAGAAUGAACGUCGCUCUGUUCUCUUCCGCCUGUUCAGGCGUUUGCUCCGAGAUCCUCACAUCUGGACCCGUUGGACCCGCAGCCUUCGAAGGCGCAAUCAAAUCCUCACUGUCUGACGCCACACUCGGCUUCACGUCACUCGGUGGCAGAGCUUCAACAUCUGACGCCUUGUCUGGCGGAGGCACAACAUCAUUGGCCGGCGUCACUUCAUCCGGCUUGGGCACAUUGCUGCCCGCGAAGAUCCCCAGAUCAGGGAUUAAAUUAUCGGCGGCAGAGCGAUUGCUCCACUGCCAGAUCCGUCAUCGUAAUUCUCAUCGUCCUCAUCCUCAGGAGACUCCGACGCCUCAUCCACACCCAGCAAUCGACCACCGACGCCAGAUCCUUCAACAGACAUCUCCACAUGCACAUCAUCUCCGGAUCCUGCAUCGUCUUCGUCUUCUGACGGCUUCGCGUGAUCAUAGGGAAGAUAAUCUUGCUCAAUAUUGUCCUGCUCAUCUCCAUCAUCUCCACUCGACACAGGAGCGUCUCCCAUCAUCAGCUCAUUAUAUCCGCCUGUCUCACUUGCAGCCACGACUUCCCCUUGAAGCGCAGCGGAGAGUGGCACUUCACCAGCUGAUCCGUCCACACGUGACGCGCCUGGAGCCAAUUCCGCACCUGCAGCGUCUCACACGUGCAGUUGAUGCGAUUUCCCGCCAAUUCCAACUGCUUCAGAUCCUUCAGACGCAUCAGCGACAUUGGCAAGUGAGUGAUCUCGUUGUGUGUCAGAUUGAGCACUUGCACGCGCACCGGGAGCUUCCCCAGUUUCCCGGAUGUGAUGCGAUUGAAGCUGAGAUUGAGCACAAGAAUGCGCUUCGUGAGUCGAUUCGCCUCGGACAGUCUGUUAUUGGACAAGUCCAAGUGCGUCAGAUUUUGCAGAUUCUCCAGCUGAUUCGUGAGUCUCACGAUGCCCGCAUUGGACAGAUCCAGGCUGCCCACGGCAAUGGGUCCCACUUCGGCGAUGCCAUCGGCACUGUGGCAUCUCACGUGGCUGAAUCUGUCGCCCGAAUCGCUGGCUGGGGUGCAAAUGCAGAGAGAAACAGUGGGAAAUGUGAAAGAAGUUCCGAAGAGAGAGAGAACCCAGUGAAUCUCUGCGGCACUAUUUCACCGUUCAAGUGCUUCACACCAACUGACUGGGUCCGGAUUCCCGCGCCACUGGGCCGCUCAUGCGACAAGCAACAGUCCCCGCGAGAAGCACGCCAACAGCAUCGCCGAUCGAUCGGGCGAUCGCGAUCGAGAGCCCCACUUGUUGGACGUUCGCCGCGCGAAUGGGCGCCGCGACAGGGAUUAGCCCCAAUUAAGCCACGUGAAGGGGAAAAAAUGAAGCGCCAAAUAUGGCUGCUGGUGUUUCUCGUGAGCGUUGUGGCAGCGAAGAAUCUGGCGGAGACAACGACUCAGAAAGCCGUCCCCAUCGACAAUGUUCCAGAUGAUAUCAUACUAUCCCUAAGCACAGAGUCAACAGCCAAGAAAGAGGAGACAUCUUCCUCAACUGCUGCCCCAGUUGCCAAGAAGGACGAGUCCAACUUGACGGAGACCAGUGAUCCCGCGGAUGAGGAUGAGGAUGAUGAUGACGAUGACUGGGAUUACGACAGUGACGAGUACGAUGCCUAUGACGACUCCGGCGAGGAUGCGUACUACAAUUCGCAGGAGAAGACGACAGACAAGUUCAAGCUCACCCCGAUCAAGGGUGACAAGGUGGACAUUUACGACUACGACAGCCUCGAGGACGUGAAGAUCCCCUGCCCGAGGGACUGUGUGUGCGAGAAGAACAUGAACAGCUACAUUGUGGCCACGUGCAGUCGCCUGGACAGCGAAGUGCAGAAGUUCAGCUCCGACAUCACUGAUCUGCAAGUGAUUGACGUGGGCCCCAAAUACCCAAUCGUCCUCGGCGAGGAGUUCUUCCUGAAGGUCGGCCUCAAGCAGUUGGUGUCCAUUAAGAUCUCCAACAGCACAAUUAGCUACAUUGCCGCAUCAGCUUUCAAAGGCAUCACCGAUCUCUACUCCGUCAACUUCACCAACACCAAUCUCGAGCUCCUGCAUCCCGACACCUUUGCCAACAACACCAAAAUGCGGCUCCUGACUCUGGCCGGAAACGACCUGAGUCUCAUGCAGGAGAAGAACUCACCCUACACGAACUACAUGCUGAAGUCUUCUUCCAUUGAGGAACUGGAUCUGUCGCGGUGCAAUCUGAAGAGUCUGCUGCCGACAGCCUUCAAUGAACUCAAGAACAUUGUUUUCAUCAACCUGGCUGAGAAUCGUCUGACCACACUUCCUGCCAAUCUGUUCGAGCGCGUCGAGACCAUUGAGGAGUUGGAUCUCUCCUUCAAUGCCAUCGCGGACCUGCCCAAGAAGAUCUUCGCCAAGACCGCGCUGGCCAUGCUGCACCUCAAGUACAACGAGAUCUCCACCUCCGUGGACUUUGUCACCAGUGAUCUGCAGAAGCUCGAUCUGAGCUACUGCAAAAUCCGCACCAUCAACGGACACAUGUUCAAGGGACUCGAGGGACUCAACAGUCUCAUCCUCAAGGGCAACGGCAUCCGCAAGAUCAAUCAGGCGGCAUUCAUGUCCCUGAAGAAUCUGCGCCACAUUGACUUGUCGUUCAACGAUCUCGAGCAAGUGCCGGCGCUCAUGUUCGCCACCAACACCGAACUGGACUUUGUCAAGCUCAACGACAAUCCCCGACUUAAGGCCCUGCCUCUGGAUGGCUUCGAGUCUGUGACUGGGAGCUUCUCCGUUUACCACCUCGACGUGUCCAAUUGUGAUAUCAGCGAGCUGGGCUUGAACGCCUUCUCCACAAUGCCCGAACUGACGCGAGUCAAUCUUGCGUGGAACAACUUGGUGAACAUCGAGCCGGGCGUCUUCAGCUAUCUCAAUAAACUGAAGGAUCUCGACCUCAGCAAUAAUCUUCUUGAGACCCUCGAUGACACUGUCUUCCUGCACAAUCGACAGAUGACAAAGCUCGUCUUGGCAGGAAAUGCUUUCGAGAAGGUGUCCUCCAAGGUGUUUGCACCCCUGGAGAAUCUCAUCGAACUGGACAUCAGUGACUGUGACCUGAGGAGCCUGUGGAGCGACAACUCAGCCAAGGGCAAGGGCGUGAAGAUCCUCAAGCGUCUGCGGUACUUCAAUGUGUCCAACAACGAAAUCAACACCAUUAAGCGAACAGAAGUUGAGUUCCUCAGUGGACUCCGUGUGCUGGACAUCGACAACAAUCCUCUGAACUGCAAUGCAGACUUCAUGACGCUCAUGACGUGGCUGACCAAGAAGAAGAUCAAGGCUGGCGAUGCUAGUCUCGAGCAGGGUCGCAAUGCCAAGCUGGAAAUGCUGCUCGAUUAUCCCAAGAGUGGCAGUCCGGACUCAUCGUGGCAGAAGAUUGUCUACAAGGCUUGCAGCCGAACGACUUACAGUCCCGACGUGCACGAGGUGGAAUCCACCACGGCGCCCAAGAUUAAGGAAGUGGAGAAGCCAAAGCCGCCCAAGGAGCAGCCAGUGGACUCCACGAAGAUCAAGGAUGAGGCAGAGAGCGAAGAUGAGGAUGAUGAAUUCUACGAUGACGAGUACGAUGAUGACAUGGAUGAGAAUGCGGAGAUGAUUGACAACAACGACAAGGAUGUCAAGGAGAAGGAUCUGUUUGUGAAGGAGCUGGACAUUAUCCAGAAAUUCCAGGGCGAUCUGUUCGGCAAGGAGAGCGACUUGUCCGACGAGGAGUACGACGAUGACAGCGAGGAGGAUGAGGACGGAUCAGCGCCAACUGUCGUCUCGCGCCUCAUGAUCAUCUGGCCAAUUCUGAUUGUGGUGCUCAGCGCUCUGCUGCUGCUCAUGGUGAUCGGCAAGAUUGUGUCGAUGCUGAUGAGAAAGCGCGGCGAGAGAUAUCGCCAAGCCUUGCUGGCCUCCAAGAAUUCAAUUGUCUACCAAAAACUGUCCGAAGACAUCCAGAAGGCUCCGCCCACGCCCAAAAUCAACCGAUACCAGCCCAUCAAUCAAGUCUAACCCUCCAGAAGAGCUUCAGCAGUUCUCCAGAGUUUCCCUCUCCUGCCCCUUUUCCUGCUAACCCAGUUUUAUCCUCCAAGCUAGGAUCGAUAUGUCCUACAAUCCCCUGUAGUGUGCCUCUCCUAUCUCCUAACGAAUUGUAUAAAUGAAUAGAAUUUAUGCGCUCCCUUGAUUGGCUUAAGAGAGUGCUUUUGAAUGCAGCUUUUAAUAUACACACAAUAUAUAUUAUUUUAUUAUUCUACAAAAUACCGUUUGCUAGUAUUUAGUCUUAACAAUGUAAUUUUUUGAGUAAAUGAUCGGCUAGUUUUUUUUCUGAAUGGACUUAGAAAAGAGAGUCGAAGUGAACUUUAAAGCAAUGGCAAUCAAAAUUUCCUGCAUUAAUUGACUUCUUUUUCAUGAUUAACAAACUCCAACCACCACAUAAAGUGCCAUUCCAAUUUUUUUUUGUAAUGAUUGAAUGAAAGAAGAAAGAAAUGUUACGUGUAAGAAUUCACAAUGAGGAAGAGAAAUAAAGUAAUUGUCGAAAGAAAGAAACCUUAUUCCUGUCCUAAAGAAUGUGUUGAUAUGAGAAAGAAAAAAAGAAAAUUCCAAGAGAAACGGUUGGAGUUGUGCUAAUAAUUUCUUUUAUGCGUUUCGGAUUAGUGAAACCCCUUUUUUAUAUCUACUUUUAAUGUUGAAUUGAGAAUAUUUAGAGCUAGUCUAAAAAGUAUUUAAAUAUUUUUUGGGUUUUGUAUUGUCUUCGAGUGAAUCCCUUGAAGAAAUAAAACGUAUUACUUAAAA